AAGUUCGAAUCUUCGAACACCAAAACCCCAGUCCGCCGAGUCGCGAUACUUACAGAGUUCAAACUUACAGAGCUAAUGAUGAGAAAAACAGCGGAAGACAUAGACGCCAUGGCAGAGGAAGAACAAGAAGAACAAGACUUUGUACUCGCUGAAAAGUUCGCCGAUGAAAACUCGGACAUAUCUCAGAAAUUAAUGGAGCGUUACGGCAAAUCCUCCGCUUCCCAGCACCGUCACCUGUGCGCUUCAGCGGCCGCCAUGAAAGCAAUCAUCCAAGAAGAAGGUUUCCCUCUCACUCCAUCUGCUUACUUUGCUGCCGCCAUCACUUCCAUUAAUGACGCCGCCGAGACUUCAGACUCCAAUGCCACUGCAGCCCUCUCUUCGUUCCUUGCUAUCCUUUUUCCAGUUGUUCCUCCACAAUCUCUUCCUCCGCCAAAGGCUAUUGAGGCCGUUUCGGUUCUUGUAAAGGUUCUUCUUGGACCUCCGGAAGUUGUAUCCACUGCUACUGCGCGGUCUCUGAUAAAAUCGUUGGGAUUUCUCUUGCCUCUCUGUGACCUGGAGGAUUGGGAUGCUGUAAAGGUGCCGUUUGAGACGCUUCUAAAAUUUUCGGUUGAUAAGCGUCCCAAGGUUCGGAGAUGUGCCCAAGUGUGCAUUGAAAAUGCUUUUUCUUCAUUUCAAUGUUCGCUUUUCACUAAGAAAGGAAGCAAAAUGGUGCUCUCUUUAUUCAGAAAUUAUAUCCCUUCUGCAAUUGAGAUAACUAAUGCAAGGAUGGUAAAUGGAUCAAAACAUGAAAUAUUGUUGAAACCUGAGUAUUUGGAGGUCCUCCAUAUGCUAAACGCAAUGAAGCUUAUGAUUCCAUAUCUCUCUGACAAAGUCAGUUUGAAAAUAUUGUCAGAAUUGUAUAAGCUCUUGACGUGCCAUUUCUCACCACUUACAAGACACAUUUUUAAUAUCAUUGAAGCCCAUUUUGCAUCCAUGAAACCCCAAAUUAUUGUUCCAGAAGUAGAGAGUAUUAUAACUUCACUUGUGUCCUAUCUAUCUUCUGGUGAGAAGAACCCUGUGGACACUGUCAUCUAUGCUGCAAACUUGAUAAAAAGUGGUUUGGGCAAACUUCAUGCUGAAGAACCUAGCAUAUGUGUCAUAAAUCUUCCUCUGGUGUUUAGUUCCUUGUCAGGUCUUUUAUUUUCUGAGGCUAGUGUUGCUUCACAGGCUUUGGUGAUCUUAAAAGAGUUGAUUAGCAAUCAUAUUGAUGGAAAAUCUUUUUUGACCCCUACAAAUCUAUAUGAUGACAAUGCCAUCGAUACCCCAGAAUCAAGUGCAAUUAAGUCUAUCUGUGUUCUAUUUGAGAAUAUGCUUGAUACCUGCAGUGGAGGUCUGAAUGAGCAUACCUUGGGAGCCAUUUCAGCUUUGUUCCUUAGUCUUGGAGAGAUCUCAUUCUUCUUUAUGAGGGGUAUUGUAAUUAAACUUGUAGACUUGGUGAUGCAUGCACUGGAAGACAUGUCUGCCAUGACGCAUUUUGAACAAUGCAUUGGUUCUGCUGUCAUUGCUAUGGGACCGGAGAAGAUACUUUCAUUGAUACCAAUCUCUUUUAAUGCUGAAAAGCUUAUUUGCUCAAAUAUUUGGUUAGUACCAAUUUUGAAGAAGUAUACUGUUGGAGCAUCACUAGAAUAUUUGAUGGAGCAUAUUGUAACACUUGCUGAAUCUCUGCAGCGAGCUUCUUGUAAAGUUAAAAAAUCACCUCUUCGACAAGAACUACGAACUUAUGCUUGUGGCAUCUGGGACCUGCUGCCUGCCUUUUGUCGCUAUCCGACUGACACACAUCGAAAGUUUGAACCUUUGGCCAAAUUAUUUAUAUCUUUUCUCAAGAAGGACUCAUCUAUGCUUGAAAAUGUUGCCCUUGCCUUGCAGGAACUUGUCAAUCAAAACAGAAGUGUACUUAGGUCUACUCAAGAUGCUAAUGAGCUUAUGAAAGGGUCAACUGACUGCACUGGAAGGGAUUCUUUAAUGGAAUCCACAAAAGUCCGUUUUCAAUUCUCGAAGAAAAUUGCCAAAAAGAACAUUAGGGCUAUGUCAGUUUAUUCUGUGGAGUUGCUUCAGGCUCUUACUGAUGUGUUCUUUGUUUCAACUCUGGAGAGUCGCAAAUAUUUGAAGGAUGCUAUUAGAUGCAUGGCAUCUAUCUCUGAGACUUCAGAAGUUAAGAAGAUUUUCCUAUCUACACUGGAGAAGUCUAAGCUUGUAAGUGGAAUGGGUGAAUUUGACAAGUUGGAGAGUCAUUGUUCAUCUGUUGAUGUAGAACAAGGAGUGGAUUCAAAGAAAAGUGAACAGGAAGUCUCACAAAGGUGUCUAAUAAUGGAGUUUGCAUCCUCUCUUGUUGAAGGAGCUAAUCAGGAUCUAAUUGGUCUAAUUUUUUGCUGUACAAGGGCUGUUUUACAGGCAACUGCUGAAAUUGGUAUCCCUGAAGCAUACUACACUCUGAGCAGAAUACUUGAGGAACAUACGUGGUUUAUGUCUUCAAAAUUCGAUGAGCUUUUGGAUCUGUUCCUCAUUCUGAAGCCACCUGUUGAUAUUAUGUCUCUGAAAAACCGCUUUGCAUGUUUCCAUAUUUUAUUGGUUCAUAUUUUAAAGAAUGAUUUGGAGGGAAACUCAAAGGCUUUUCUUAUUCUCAACGAGAUAAUAGUCACUUUAAAGGAUUCCGAAGAAGGAGCUAGAAAAACAGCUUAUGAUACACUGGUCAUGAUAAGCUCCAGCUUGAAUAACUCUUCAUUUGGCGAUCCUGAACCUCAUCAACGACUAUUCAUUAUGUUGAUGGGAUAUCUUUCUGGUGUAUCUCCUCACAUAACAAGUGGAGCAGUUGCUGCACUUUCUUUGCUAAUGUACAAGGAUGUGGAUAUCUGUUUCUCUGUACCUGAUCUGGUUCCUUCUGUUUUAGCUUUACUCCAAAGUAAAGCCAUGGAAGUUAUAAAGGCUGCUUUAGGCUUCAUGAAAGUGUUGGUUUCCUGCUUGCAAGCAAAAGACCUACAGAAAUUUCUUGUUGAUAUUGUUAACGGGAUUAUCCCAUGGUCAUCUGUCUCAAGAAAUCAUUUCAGAACAAAGGUCACAAUCAUAUUGGAAAUUGUGAUACGGAAGUGUGGUUCUGCUUUAAUCGAGUCAAUGAUGCCAGAGAAAUAUAAGGGCUUUAUCAAGACUGUUUUGGAGCAACGCCAUGGCAAUAGAAGUUCCAAAGAAGCUGGGAAUACAGAGACAGAACUGAACCUUCCACAUUCAUCUCUCAAGGGGGAGCAAAAGAGGACGCGUGAAGAAUUAGGUAUUCCAGGUGGGGAAACAAGUUCCAGUGCAUAUGGAACCCUGAAGAAGGGAAAAAAUAAACAUAAAAUUGGCACUCCAAGCACAAAUAAGCGCCGUAAGUUUGCUGAUAGUGGCAGUGGGAGGAGAUGGGUUAACAGUAUUCACUCAGAUUCAAAAAGACAAAUGGAGGGUGAUCGCUCAAUAUCCAGGGAAAAGAAGAAUGAAAAGAGGGAAUUGACCACGAAUGGUAGAAAGGGAAGGAUAGGAAGGAAGAUAGUGAAUAAAGCAAACAAAGGGCGAGUCCAUAGACCCUUUGUUCUUCGAAAUUCCAAAAGGUAGAGUAGCUGCCAUUGUUCAUCAGGAAGCACUCCAGCGAGGGAGUUUUAAGUGUCUCAAUCAAAGAUAUGGACAAGUUCUUACAGAAGACGGAGAGUUACUCGGUACGUUCAAUCAAGAGGAUCCAUAGAAAUCUGUUCUUCUAUGCCUCAUGAGGAGGCCGUGUACUGAUCAGUUCGAGCAAUUUUGUUCGUAAUG